UGUCAGUUUCAUUUUCUAUUAACUUAUUAAUUGUGAUUUUUGUUUGGCAGACUAAUUAUCCAUCAUAACGCAUAGUAAUAUUUAAAUAAAAUUAUAUCGUGCUGUUUGUUAAAAAGUCGGGAAAUUUCCUUACCGCUUAAUCGGUUGGUAAAUUCUGCAAAACGGUAACAAAGUGCUUAAAAUAAAUGUGCAAAUCUCACUCCCGAAUUAUAAAGAAUGCAAAUUGACAUCAAAGUAAAGUGUUUAGUGAAUUAAAAUCGCAUAGUAGAAAUAUGUGUGUGGAGUAAAUAAUAAAAAGAAAUUAAUAAUAAUAUUAGCAAUAAUUCACCCUAUAAAUUAUAAAAAUGAGUGAUGAUAAAAGUAAUUGUGAGAUGCCGCCACCAAUGUCAUCUUCGUCUGAAACUGCUCCACCCACCGACGGUGAUACGUUGUUGCUAUCAAAUGGCCAAUCUAUACCGAAUGCAACACCUUCACCAGUCGAACCAGCAGCUUCUGCACUAUCAACGCCUACUUUAUCAAUAACUGGAGGACCCACGAGCCGUUUAAGAGCACCAACUAAUUACAGUAGUGACGUAGCUGUAAGUGUUUCAAAAAUUGGUCGACUUUGUUCGCACGCCGCGCCGAAAACAGGCCCACCACCCCGAGAUUCAAAAAGCAUGAGUCGUGAAAGCGAUGGCAAUUUGAGCUCUAUUAACUCAGCAUACACAGAUUUGUACCAGGAGACUGUGAAGCGCUUUACACGGUCCUCACUUUCCCCUGAAAUGGAUCAGUACUUAUCGUCACGUAAUUCAUCUAAAACUACUACGACAUCCCUGAAAUCUGGGGAUGGUGAUCACCACACCUCUUUCGAUUUGUAUCUUGAAGCCACCGGGCGCCGCCGCAGUUCAGAUCAUGGUGCCGUUCUAACACAAGAUACAGAACAGUUUAUAAUUGGUCAGAAAGUAUGGGUAGGCGGUAUUCGUCCCGGACAAAUUGCUUACAUUGGCGAGACUCAUUUUGCACCCGGGGAUUGGGCUGGGAUUGUAUUGGAUGAACCGAACGGUAAAAAUGAUGGGUGCGUCGCUGGCAAACGUUAUUUCCAAUGCGAACCAAGGCGGGGUAUUUUCUCGCGCUUAACACGUCUCACAUUGGCACCACUUUCUGGGGCAAAUACGCCGACCUCGCCACUUGCAAAAAUGUCUCCAGAACGUUCACGUACGGUGUCACCAACUGCCAGCAUACGCAGUUCAUUUCUACGUAGCCCGGGAAAAAAUGGCUUGGCAGUUGGCGAUCGCAUUAUUGUGUCGUCUGGCUUCGGUAGUCGUCCAGGUAUAUUGCGUUAUUUGGGUGAAACGCAGUUCGCUUCAGGCAAUUGGUGUGGUGUGGAAUUAGACGAGCCUUCUGGUAAAAAUGAUGGCUCCGUCGAUGGUAUAAAGUAUUUCGAAUGUAAGCCGAAAUAUGGAGUGUUCGUGCCGAUUGCCAAAGUAUCACUUUCGCCAUCAUCCAAAAAGUCUCGUCUAUCCCGAACAGGCUCUCGAGAAUCUCUCAACUCAAUUGGUACUAUAAACAGCAUCGCAACAACAAAUACAUCUCGCUUGCGCAUGAAUGCUCAGCGCAAAUCUUUGUCAAUCAAGCCGGUCGUUGCCGCGCCUAAAUCGCAAUAUUCCAUGCAGGAUUUACUACACGAGAAGCAGAAGCACAUUGAGCAAUUAAUGAUCGAGCGAGAGUUGGAUCGUGAGGACUGCCAGAAUCAGGCGCUACAAUACCAGAAGAAUAUAAACGAGUUGAAGUCCCGAAUAAUUCAAUUGGAGCGCUCACUGGAUGAUGAACGUAAAAAAUCGGAAGAUUUGCAAUUCUCUAUCGAUGAAGCUACGUACUGUGGUAACGAUGUCCAAACUCAUGUAUAUAGGGAAAAAAUUCAGGAAUUGGAGAAAAAAUUAACAGAUCUUUCUACAGAAACAGACUCCGCUAAAGAUACCUCUACUGCCAUUAAUGCGCCGACUGAAACAUCCAUUGCCGAGAACGCCAAAAUUACAUUACAAUUACAACAACAAAAAGAGGAAUACGAAGCUCGGCUCGUUAACGCUGAAGAUGAGCAAAAAAGAUUGCAGGAAAAUAUAGUAUAUCUUCAAAAGGAAAAUGAAGGAUUGCAAAAAGAACUGGUGUACAAAGAUGAGAGUCUUGAAAAAUUCUCAUUAUCAGCAUGUGGCAUUCAGAAUCUGCGUCAUGAAUUGGAUCUGCUUAAAGAAGAAGCAGAGAAGGAGCGUCAGCAGUUGCAAACCGAUUUUACUCUUAAACUGGAGGAGAAGGAUAUGCUAUUAAACACAUUGCGCUCUGAACUUACUGCUCAGAAAAAUGCUCUAUCUACGGUAGAAAUCGAACGUUCUAAUAACCAAGAUGAAUAUGAGAUUUUACAAACAGAAUGCAAAAAUCGUGAUUCACAAUUGCAGGAUGUUAAUGAGCAAUUAGCGAAGUUGAAAUCGGAAUUAAGCAUGCAAAAAGCAGAGAAUGUGACACUAGAGGAACUAGUUAAAGUACAGCAAGACAAACUUUUGCAGGAGAAAAAGCAAAUGACUGAAAUUUUGCAAGAAGUCGAGAAAUUGAAAAAUGAGAUAAUAAGUUUGCGAAAUACUAAAGACUCCGCAGAAAUACAGCUUAGAGCAGUCAAUGAAGACGUGAAAAAAUUGACUGAAUCGCAGAAGACCUUGGAAGAGCAGUUGUCGGCUGCAACAAGUGCAGAUCAGGAGCAUAUAGAUGCUAUUACACAAUUAGAUAUUGUCAUAGAAGAUAUGAAAAAAAAAAUUAAUGAUGCUACAGUAGAAAAUGAUCGUCUAAAUGCAGAGCUUAGAAAAGAACAAGAAUUGAAAAUUAUUGCCGCCGUUACAGAAGGAGAACUUCGUAAGCUUUUAAAGGAUCAGCAACAAGAAUAUACAGAAAGCCUAGAAGAAUUAAAAAAAUCGAAUACAACUCUCACCGAAAAUCGAGAAAGUGAUCAACGAAAAUUACAGGAAUGUCUAGAUGAAAAAAUGAAAAAGAUUGAGGCUCUUAACAUCGAGGCUGGUCAGUUAAAACAAGGCUUAAAGCAACUUGAAUCGAAUUUUUCGAUGACCGAACAAGAAUUGAAUUCAAAGAUCGAAGAAUUUAAGGUAAAGGAGCAAACCCUGCUGGAAGAUUUAAGAACUAAAGAAAAUGCUUUAAAGUCUCAGGCGGAGGCAUGUGCGAAUCACGAUCGUGUAAUAGCAGAAAAAAUAGAGUACCUUAAUACGACCAUGAGUGCGCUUGAAACCGCAAAUAAUGACUUAAAUCAACAAAAGCAAGAGCUAGCGCUAACUUUAAACAAAUGUUCUGAUUUAAACAUCGCAAAUAAAAUGCAAGAUGAGCAGUGUGCGCAGCAACAACUUGAAAUCGGAAAUUUGACGCGCAAGCUAGAUAGCCUCAAUACAAAAUGUGAAAGUCUGAAAACUCAAAAUGAGACUCUUGAAAAUGAACUUAAUUCUUCCCGAUCAAUUAUUUGUCAACUUGAGGAUGAGAUUAGUAGACUUAAAGAUCAACUCGCGAUGUAUCAGAAGAAUUUACUAGAAACUGAAGGAAGAAAUAAUGAUGAACGGUUGAAGUUAGAAAGUCAGAUAGAAGAGAUUAUUCAAAAAUGUACAAAUUUUUCAAAAGAUUUGGAAGAAGAGCGCGCAAUCACUGAGCAAACACGCAGCGAGAUAUCAAAAAAAAAUGAGCAAUUGACUGUUCUUGAGGAAAAGAGUAUUAAACUCGAGCUGACACUCAGUGACGAAAAACGUAAGCAGGAGAAUUUGCAAAGCAAAUAUGAAUCUAUGGUUGAGCAGAAUAAAACACUUGAAAAUGAUUUGAACACACUCCGUACAUCAUCUACAGAUUCAAACACUGAACUUUUGAAAAUGUCACAAAUGGUGACACUAAAACAAAAGGCUUACGAUGAACUAUUGGAUAAAACUAGCAUGGAGCGCAUUAAUCUCGAAGGACAGUUGGAGGCCAGUCAACAACGCCUAGAUAUAUUGUGUAGCCAAGUAGAGAUGCUUACGCAGGAAAUGAAAAGUGCUACCGAGGAGAAUAUCAAGCGCGUAGAAAUUCUUAAGCUGGAACAAGAAAAAUGUGGUAAACAGGAGCUGGAAUUAAGCGAGUUAUCACGCAAAUUUGAAGCACUUUCUGCGAAAUAUACGAGAAUAGAGAAUGAAAAUGAGAAUCUUCAAAGAGACUUGGCAACCCUGCGAAACACGUCAACCACUUCUGGUGCACUUGUAACCAAAUUGACUGAGGAGCUUACUCAAAACCAGAAAACUAUGCAGGACUUAACAGACAAAUCAACUGCUGAUCGCUUGCAACUUAGCAAUCAAUUGCAGGAGCUAGAACAGCGACUUGAAGCUAAACUUCGUGAAACGGAUCUGUUAAGAAGUGAAUUGCAAGAAGCAAUAAAAUCAAAAGACAAACAAGCAGAAGAGUUUGAAUUAUUGAAAUUUGAAAUGCAAGCACAGUCAACAUGUCUGUUAGAUAUCUUGAAGGAGAAAGAAUCAACCGAGCAGAAAAAAAUUAUCGAAAAUUUCCAAGCGCAGCUAAGGGAUGCAGAGCAGAGUAAGGCCAAGUUAGAUGAGGCUAUUUCCAGUCUACAACAACAAAUAAAACUUCUACAAGAUGAAUUACUAAAAUCUCAACUCGAUUUUAAAGCAAAGGAGGAUGAGCUAGGUAAAAAAAUAAUUAACUUAUGCAACGAGGGUGAAGAGAUACGUGAGGUAUUACGUCAAACCAAAUUGGAUGGUUCAAAUUCACUCAGCACUUUAGAGUUAGAAAAGUUGGAACUACAUAAGACAAUAGAGAGUUUGCAAUCAGAACUAAAAACAAUCGAAGAUGAACUGAGAAAAAGUCGUAGUGAAAUCGAACAGUUAAAAAAAGCAAAGUCAAGCGUACUUCACGAUGCCAAGGAGUUCCAAAAUCAAAUUGAAUCAUUGAAAAGUGCAUUAGAUGUUGCGAACACUGAAGUCCAAUUUAGAACGAAAAUGGCAGAAGACGAUAAAAGUAAGAUAGAGGAAUUGAGGAAAAUGGUGGACACAGUGCAAGCAGUCAACACAAAUAUUUCAGCAACCAAUGCGGAGAUGUCGCAUGCACUGCUGUCCUUAGAACAAGAAAAAUGUGAAACAGCCCAUAUAUUCGAACUUUUUGAAAUGGAAUCUGAUCAAAAUAUGGAAAAAAUUGGUGAAAAACUUGUCGACAUGAAGCAGAAAUUAAUUGAUGCGCAAGCUCAUAUUGAACAAAAAUCGGCAAUUAUAACGGAAAAAGAAAGUGAACUGUCGAGUAUCUUGAUUAAAUUUGAAGCAUCACAAACGGCUUUAGUAGGAUUACAGAGCACAUUAUUAGAUCAGACCACAAAAAUCUCUGAAUUGAAUACUGCAAAUACGGAAUUAGAAAAACUAGUUUAUGAAAAAAAAGAUUUAUUAGAACAACAAGCAGCCUUGCGAAGUCAACUCGACGAAUACAAACAAGUAGUCAACGAAAUGGAUAAUGAAAACACGGCUAAGAACGAAGCGCUACACAAGCUGCAGGAACGUGUUAAAGAGUUAGAAGAAGAAAACUUGCGCAAUAUGGAAUUUCAAGAAAGUUUAAAUAGUGAUAACGUUAAAAUACAACGAAAACUUGAGAGUCUUGAUUUAGAAAAAACUCGUGAAAUAGUUGCUGCACAAAGUCGUAUCAAUGAAUUACAAGCAUUGAAAGAAUUGAAACCAAAUAAUUCAGCAACUGCUGAUGUGCCAAAAGAGGGUGAAGAACCAGAAGGCAACUUAGCACAAAUCAACUUCCUGAAUUCUAUAAUUGCGGACAUGCAAAAGAAAAAUGACUCUUUAAAGGCUAAGAUCGAAGCACUAGAAGCGUUACCCACAGACUUUACUCAACCGAAAGCUUUUGAAUUAAUCGCUAAGCGGAAACCAGCUCCUCGUGUUUUCUGCGAUAUUUGCGAUGAAUUUGACAAACACGAAACCGAAGAUUGCCCUCUUCAAGCAUCCGAUGAUCGAGACUACUCACCUCCACCGUUGACCGCAGCGACAGAAAGGAAGGUCCGGAAAUUACCAGAACCACGAAAAUACUGUGAAACCUGUGAAGUUUUCGGUCACGUAACGGGUGAAUGCGCUGAAGACGAGUGGUAGCAAAACUUUAUUUACUAUAUACAAAUGUAUUAUAGUAUGUUUAUCUACUAACUAACGAUAUUGAACAUUUCGACUUUUUCAAUAUGCAUACAUAUGUGUAUAUUUUUAAAUAUUAUGCGUUUGUGAUAAAUAGUUGAGGACUAAACCUUAUUGUUUGCUACUCAUGUGCGUGUACAUAUGUACAUAAUUCUCUUCUUUCACUUAGUCAUACAAACACUUGUAAAGAAGUAUAGCUAAAAUUUAUAUUUGUUGAUUCUAAUAUAAUUUUAUAAAUUCUUUAACUAAUACAAAUUUUAGAGUUGCAAAGAACUAAAGAAAUAAAAACACUCUUUGUGUCAUUACUAUUACUUUAAAAUAGCUGCUUAAAACUAGUUUGUUAUUUGUAAUUUUACACGCAACAUGUAACAAAAUACAAAAUAUAUUUUGUUGUUAAUCGCCGAUUA